UGUAGUUUUACAAAAAUUGUAUUAAUUUAAUUUAAUUUAAUUUAUUAAUGCUUAACGCUGAACGCCAAUUGGCUUUGUACUAAUGUAAAAAUUUAACACAUUAAACAUUCUAGGAUAAUUACAUAACAAGAACCAUUAAACAAUUCAAUGACGCAAUUCAAUGUAAAAAAUACCUGUUGCCGCCGUUCCUAGUGGGUACCCAUACGUAAGAUUUCUUAGUGGGUACAUAGACAUAAGCGGUAUAUUUCCAAACACAUUGAUGUAUGUUUUUCCCUUACUAUUGUACACAAGACACUUGCUGUAAAUAUGGUGGCGUGAUAAAAUAAUAUAAAGGCAAUAACGUUCGUUAAGGGACAGUUCGUCUGCAAACGCCAAAAGAAACAACUGUUUUUAAAGUAGUAUAGUCAUCUUUGAUAAAAGAAUAAAAUUAAUUACUACUGAAAAAAGUUGUUUCAAUAAAAGGCGAGCUCGUGAAGUAACAAAUUCUUUAAAAACAUUUUCUAUACCGCGGUACACGUAUUCAUUAUACAUUAUAAAUAACUUAUUAAAUAACUCCAAAUGGAAAAUCAAGGAGACUCAAGCGGAGAAUUCAAUUGCCACAAGUGCAGCGAAAAGGAUAACAGCCGUAUGGUGCAAUGUGACCAGUGCGACAAGUGGUACCAUUUCGCCUGUGUCGGGGUUAACAGCGGAAUAGAAGACGAGAGCUGGAAUUGCGCCAAGUGCAAUCCGCAAACUUCCACCGCAACUACGGGUGCUGCAGCUCCCUCGAACAAAGCACGCAGCGAAAUGAUACCAAGACCUAGUUCACAUUUCUUGCAAGCAACAUCCUCACCUACACAGGAUGCACCGCCGUCCGGCUUAACGCCAUGGAGCACAGCUGACGGUUACGCUGGGACAGCAACACAUACGAGUGGUUCCAAUCAAUUGGUUACCACACCGCUGGACCUCACGGCAUCAGCUUCCGCAGCCAAUUUGCCAGUACCACCGCGCUUUGUGACAGCACCACAUAUUGCAGGACGUUCAAACUACGUGACAACAACAACCACUGCCUCACCUCAAUACCUUCGUCUACAUACCGAAACAGGAGACCGCCACGUGCCAAAUGAAACAGAGUUAGAGCUACGUCUAGCCAUGUUAGAAGAAGAGAGGCAGAUUAAUCAAAGUUAUCUGGAGAAAAAAUAUGAUAUUCUAUCACAUUCGCAAGGAACUUUGGCUACGAGUAUUCAUGGCACCGGCAUGAGGACCGCCCCAACACCUGCGCAAAUAGCAGCACGACAAGCCAUUCCAAAGGAGCUUCCGCAUUUCCAUGGCCACCCGGAGGAAUGGCCCCUGUUCAUUAGUAGCCUUGAAACCAGCACAGAGAUCGCAGGCUACUCAAAUGCUGAGAAUCUAAUGCGUCUACAAGCGUGUUUAAAAGGUAAAGCCAGGGAAAUGGUUCAGAGCAAGCUAUUAUUACCGGCAAUGGUCCCGGAAAUCAUUCAAACUUUGCGUAUGUGCUUCGGCAGGCCAGAGCUAAUAAUCGAGAAUUUAAUCGAAAAGGUGAAAAGGGUUCCACCUAUAAAAGACAGACUAGAUGGCCUCAUAGACUUUGCGCUCUGCGUGCGCAACGUAUACUCCACAAUGGAAUCCUGCCGCAUGGGGGCUUAUAUGAAUAACCCUACGCUAGUGAAAGACUUGGUGGACAAGUUGCCAAACAACCACAAGCUUGCUUGGGCUAUGCAUCCGAAAGGACAACACGAGCCAAUAGUAAAAAUAUUUAGUGACUGGCUCUAUGCACUUGCUGAAGCGGCGAGUCAAGUAGUCGGAUACAUUACUCCGAAAAGAGGCGGGAUUGUCAACACGCACAUGCAAACAACCAACGCACAACGAGAUGUCACCUGUAGCCACUGUAAUGCUGGUGGACACCGAGUGGCACAGUGCGAGGACUUUAGGAAGCUAAGUUCAAGUUGCAGAUGGGAUGUUGUCCGUGCGCUAAAGUUAUGUCGCCAAUGCCUUAACGCCCACCGACGCAGAUGCUUCGUACCCAGGACCUGCGGAGUGGACGGCUGUAAAGCCAAACAUCACCCGCUCCUGCACGCAAGUACGGCCCUGAACGCACAAAACAGCCCUGAGUACCCUAGCGCGACAGCCAGCGGUAGUGUUAACUCACAUGACGACGCCAAGCGAAAGUCUUCUCCCUACUUUCGCAUCUUGCCGGUUCGUAUACAUGGUAACGGAAACUAUAUUGAUACAUUUGCAUUUUUAGACGAAGGUUCAUCAGUAACCCUCAUCGAAGAAAAAAUCUUCAAGCAACUCAACAUGACAGGUGUUCCCGAUCCAUUAUGCCUUCGCUGGACUGGUGACAAUACCCGUAAUGAAGAUGCAUCCGUGAGAACUUCGUUAAAGAUCAGUGGCAUACAGCAUAACAAAGCGUUUAACAUUACUGGGGUGCACACCGUGAGCCAUCUCGGCCUGCCAAGGCAAACUGUUGACAUGGCGAAAAUUACCAAGGAUUACCCAUAUAUGACCGGCCUGCCAAUACAAUCAUACGUUAGCGCGAAGCCGACAUUGCUCAUUGGCUCCGACUAUUGGCAAGUGGCCGUACCGCUCAAGAUUCGAGAAGGCAGUUGGUGCCAACCGAUAGCAACGAAAACUAGAUUGGGUUGGGCUAUACAAGGUCGUUGUGGCGGUUCAUCGUCGAACGCGCACCUAAACAUACACACAUGCGCGUGCAAAGCCGAAAAUGAAAGACUGCACAAAAUGGUUAAGGAGCACUUCCAAUUAGAUGACCCCAAACCAACGAUGCUGCGCUCACCCGAUGAUCAAAAGGAACUAGCCAUACUCGACUCAACGUGCAGAAAGAUCAACAACAGGUACGAGGUUGGACUACUAUGGCGACACGAGGAAAUCAGCUUGCCCGACAGCUACGAAAUGGCCUACAAACACCUCGUGUGCCUCAACAACAAAUUUCGCAAAAAUCCGUCACGGCUAUGCAGAAGCAGAUCGACAACCUUUUGGCUAAGGGAUACGCAAAGAAGUUGAACACAGCUGAGCUAGUAGCACAUAAAGGACGCGUGUGGUACAUGCCAGUAUUCGUGACUUGCAACCCAAAUAAACCCGGGAAAAUGCGCCUAGUCUGGGACGCAGCAGCUAAAAGUAAAGGAGUAGCGCUUAACGACGCCGUUUUAGGCGGGCCCGACUUUUUGAUCCCUUUAGUCGACAUCUUAUUGAAAUUCCGUAUCGGAAAGGUCGCCAUCUGCGGCGAUAUCGCCGAAAUGUUCCACCAAAUUAAUGUAACUAAUAACGAUAUGCACGUGCAAAGGUUUCUUUGGCUGGACAACGAGGACGACAUUAGCCAACCCAGCGUCUACGUCAUGCGCGCCCUCACGUUCGGUAUAAGCUGCGCUCCGUGCAUUGCGCACUAUGUGCGCGACAAAAACGCGAACACCUUCGUUCAACAAUUUCCGGAAGCCGUCGAUGCUAUAACACGUUACCAUUACGUUGACGACUUUACAGCGGGGAUAGCGAACAGGCUGUCAUACAACUAGCAAAAACGGUAAAACAUAUACACGCCGCCGCCGGGUUUCAUAUCCGAAACUGGGCAUCAAACUCAGCAGUGGUCUUAAAACAUAUGGAAGGCAGUUGCAAUAGGACUCAAGAACCAUUGCAGUUGAAUUCGAACGAAAAGAUUCUAGGAGUAUACUGGGAUCCAAAUAAAGACGUAUUCAAAUACGCGCUCAGGUUCACAAGACUAAAGCGAAACGUUGUAGCAGGCGACACUACACCAACAAAGCGCGAGAUCCUUCAGGUCUUAAUGUCCAUUUUCGACCCUCUUGGUAUUCUAUCUAACUAUACCAUAACACUAAAAAUUUUACUCCAAGAAAUAUGGCGCUCAGGCUUAGAUUGGGACGAAGAGAUCGACGCCGCAAUGGAGUCAAAAUGGUGCCAGUGGAAGAUCGCUCUAUCAGCCAUGGCCAAACUGGAAAUACCCAGGUGCUACUCAUUUCAUCUUGAUGUCGCUGAAGAUGUUCAACUGCAUACCUUCGCAGACGCCGGCGAAUUUGGUUACGCAGCGGUAUGCUACCUGCGCGUCAAAAGUGGCUCCCGCAUCGACGUCUCUAUCGUAGCUGCUAAAUCAAAGGCGGCACCUCUGAACCCGGUAUCAAUCCCCCGUCUGGAACUUCAAGCAGCCGUACUGGGUGCGAGACUGGCUUCAAAGAUACAAGGCAUAUCACGGCUACAAAUAAAAAAGAGAAUAUUCUGGACGGAUUCAACGACGGUACUGAAAUGGCUCGGUAUGGAUCCCCGACAGUUCCGCCAAUUCGUAAUGUUUAGAGUUGCUGACAUCUUGGAGCGAACGAAUUUGAACCAGUGGAAAUGGGUACCAUCGCUUUUAAACCCUUCGGACCGGGCAACUAAGGUUGACUCUAAAACUGACGCAAGCCUUUGGUUUAAUGGUCCCACAUUCUUGCAAUACGAUGAAAGCAAGUGGCCCUACCGCGACGACCUGGGACCAGUCGACAACAGCGAAGUGAAAAAUCAUUUACUACAUAUCCGGAAGCUGGAACAGAAGAAACACACUAUCAACUUCGAAUAUUUUUCAAACUGGAGAAGGCUGUAUCGUGCGCUGGCUAGAUUCAUUCUUUACAUAGAAAAAGUCAAAGCAAGGUCUCGGUCCCGGGAACUUCCCAACAGGGUCACGUUUGAAAUGGUUAAAGCAGCAAAAACGGCACUAAUAACUCAGGCGCAGCUUAGCGAGUAUGAAAACGAUCUACUUAGCCUAAGAAGCGAUGAGUUUGAUGUCAUACGUGUUCGAGGUCGGGCCGAAUUCCUCGCAGCUCGCAGUGCUGUGGUUCUGCCGGGUAAACAUCACGUCGCCUACCUUAUAGUUAAAGACGCCCACGAAAGGUAUCAACACAUAUCACACGAAACUGCAAUAAACGAAAUAAGAGGGAGAUUCCAUAUACCGCGACUGCGUGUCCUGUACCGCAUGGUACGUCGAAUGUGUCAAACCUGCAAAAAUAAAUUCGCGGUACCUCGUCCUCCACAACUGGCUCCCUUACCUGCCGCUAGACUCGCAAGUUUCGAACGACCGUUUAGUUAUGUUGGGAUCGACUAUUUUGGCCCAAUGCUCGUCGCUGUCGGCAGGCAUCGAGAAAAACGUUGGGGCGUAAUCUUCACGUGCCUCACGGUUAGAGCCAUCCACGUAGAGAUCGCCUACAGCCUCGACACAAGCUCCUGCGUCUUGUGCCUACGCAACUUUAUUUCACGACGCGGAGUACCGAGAGAAAUCUACACCGAUAACGGCACGAACUUCAAAGCGACCAACAAUAUCUUGCGUAUCGAAGCGAAUCAAGUAGACUACGCAACUAUCCAGACCAAAUUUGACAAUAUUAAGUGGAACUUCAACCCACCGGCGGCGCCUCAUAUGGGCGGAGCGUGGGAACGUCUUAUAAGGUCGAUCAAGACCGUGUUAAAUGGAAUGCAUCCCGAGCACAACUUUAACGAUGAAACCCUUCGUAGCGCUCUCUUAGAAGUUGAGUUCAUGAUCAACUCAAGACCGCUUACCUUCGUUACCAUAGACGGGUGCGACGAUGAAGCACUCACGCCGAACCACAUAUUAAUGGGCUCAUCCUCAGGCUACAAACCAAUUGGAACCAGCGGAGACCUGCGUCAACGCUAUCGUCAAACGCAACUUUAUGUGGAUAGGUUCUGGCAGAGAUGGGUGCAAGAGUAUCGGCCGAUCCUAACGCGGAGAUCCAAGUGGUUCGAGAAGCAACCCCCUUUAAAGGUUGGCGACGUAGUGGUAAUUGUUGACGAAUCUAUGGCAAGAAACUGUUGGCCGAAAGGCAUCAUAGUAGACGUCGUCACAGCAAAAGAUGGCCAGGUGA